GUUUAGGAAGGAGACACCUGAGAAGAAUAUUUAUUUGUUUAAAAUGAAUUAAAUCAUGCCCCUAUUUGUGGAAAGAGUCUGGGACCAGUGUGUGCAAAGGUCCUGAGGCAGGAGGAGCCUUUUGCUUGCCUGAUGUUUUCAGAAGAUGGCAGGGAGACCAGUGUGGCUGGGAUAGGAAGUCAGAGUGGUAACCAGAGAGGAUUUAUUCACCUCUCCACGCCCACCACUAAGAAUCGUGCCCAGAACAUAGUCAGUGUUCAGAGAAAAAUGUAUCAAAUACUCACAUGUGACACUUGAAUGCCAAAGCCGGGGAUGGUAGAGAAAACCCUGAAGAGACAAAUUAAGUUUCUUCCUAUCCCAGCAGAGUGGAGGACUUGAAAUAGAAAUGAAAUAGAGUUGUUAAAUUGUCGCCAGUCAAAUGGGGAUUGUGACCUCACACACCCCUGCUGUGGCCCAUAGGACACCUCACCCUCACUGGGGCCUGGGUUUCAGGGGUGACUUCACAAUGGCCAGCGUAGUGCCCUGCCCACUGCCACAGUCCCAGUCCAUCAUGCUUACCACCCUGUGGCUGUUGCUCAGCUUCGCCGUCCCCUUGCUGGGGUCCCACGCUUCCUUCAGCUGUCCCAACGAGAAGCAAUGCCAAAAAGCCCUCCUCUCAGACAAUGACAUCUUUUUGCCCUGCAACUCUUCUGGGGCACAGUGGUACUUCUUCUUCCUGCAAGACAAGACCAGCUGGUCUGACAAAGUCUCCAGUGUUUCCAACAUCGAAAUAAUACCCGAAAUCGGCAUUCUCAUCCGAAACCCGUUGCCCUCCCAGACGGGCUUCUACCAUUGCCAGGACAAGAAUGGCGUCCAAGUGUUGCAGUACGAGAUUGAUUUCCAGGAUGUCAGCACCCUGCAUAUUACCCACAAAGGCCUGGGCCAAAAGCCCCUGCCAAACGAGACCCUGAGUCUGGGUGGUAAGGAGCUCAUCUUCACCCAGUGGGACCCCUGGCAGGAUUGUAACCGCUGUGGGGAGCCGGGGGAGCGGAAGCGCCUGGGCUACUGCUACAUCGAGGAGCCCCUGCAGGAGCCCAUGCCCUGCUGGCUCUACCUGGGACAUCUGAAGCUGUGGUCUAGCCGCUUGCAGCCCGAGAUGCAGGUGGAGGCCUGCCAGGUCCCGUGUAAAAUAUCCACGUUGGAUUACGUCACCUUUGACAACUUUGAGAUCAAUGAGGAUUCAGGAUCUGUGUGGCUCACCUGCCCCAUGGGAUCUAUCUACAGGCCCAUCCUCUGGGAAAUCAACGACAUCCCCCUGACCUGGCAGAGCCAGCUCUCCAACCAGGACUUAAGCACCAUUCUGGAACCCACCAACGGUGGCAGGCAGCUUCGGGUCUUCGAGCCAGCCAUUUACAAGUGCUUCGUGAAGCAGGAACUCGUGGCUUACUUCAACCCCAAGCCCUUUCCGGAUGUGCCGGAGAUCCUCAGGCAAAGGGAAGCCGGACCACAACAGGAGUCAAGGGAGGCCUGGAAGGGGAAGGCCAGGUCCGUCCUCAAGGGGCUCAAGCUGAUGCUGCUGGUGGGCAUUGUCCUGGGCCUGCUCGCACAGCUGCUCAAGCUCUUCCAUCCUUCCCAGGACAAAAGAAGCGACCGGGUGCUGCUGGUGAAAUAAAGAGACCCCUCGGUGCCCAGGA